CUUCAUUCAUUUCAUCAUUCAAACCUCCUCCUUAAUCCUUAGUAUUCUUCUCAACUAAAAAAGAGAGAAAAAAAAACAAGAAACCCACUUAAAGGAUCAAGAGAUGUGUGUCAACUCAACAGAAUGGAGUGCAUCACGUAUCCAUUACUUUUCUGGGCAGAAACAAAAACCGAAACGCUCGAGAGUUCAAGUUCAUAGACUUGCAUGGAGGAAAAAGAAGGCAGAAGCUGAGAAAAAUAUGGAACUAAGAAACUUGAAGCUGUACAUGGAGAACAUGAGUAUAUUAGAAGAAAAUGAGAAAUUAAGGAAGAAAGCAAAUCUCCUUCACCAAGAAAACCGUGCUUUAAUGUCUGAAUUUCAGAAUAAAUUUUCUCAAUUGGAUCGGGUUUCCGUCACCCUUAAUUUAAUCAGGGACAGAGCUAGAGUUUAGGUUAUGGGUUUGACCGAAUUCAAUACGUACCUUUGGAGUCUACACUUUGUACUUGUCUUAAAAAAAAUUAUUGAGUAUGUACAAAUUAUUAGUUUAAUACCCCAACAUGUAAGCUUUAAAUUCUGGCCCUGUCUCUACUUAAUUUGCUUCUUCUUCAUAGGCAAUAACAUCAAUGAACAAAACCUACUUCAUUCAGUAGCUUUUCUAGCUUAUGUACUCUCAAGUGUGCUGCUAAUAACUGUUAUAUUUAUUAAUGAGAAAAAAUGGAUUUCUUACC